AGUUCAGUUUGAGAUUUUGUGAAGAACAGAAGGAAUUACUAGUUGAAGUAAAAUGAUUUUAAUCUUGGUGAUUUUCCUUAUUGGAUUAAUUCUUUAUCGGACUAUGCAACGGCCCAAAAACUUUCCUCCAGGCCCACAGUGGUAUCCAUUUGUCGGUAAUAGCGUUCAAUUGAGGAAAACUGCAAGAAAACUCGGUGGAACACCUCAAGUUUACGAGAUGUGGUCAAGAGAAUUCUAUAGUCCAGACGUUGUAGGAUUUUCCUUGGGAAAUAAACUCUUCAUUGUUGGCCUUUCAUACAAAGCUGUGUUUGAUAUCCACAACAAGCAGGCUUUCGAAGGACGACCGAGGAAUUUAUUUACAAAACUUAGAACCUUUGAUACUCACGCAGGGAUUAUGAUUGCCGAUGGAGAUCUCUGGAGGGAACAUCGAUCAUUUGCCAUGAAACGCCUCAAAAGUUUGGGCUUUGGAUGUGCAGCAAUGCAAGAAAUGAUUGAGAAUGAACUAGUAAAGUUCAAGGAAGUUGUUGAUCGGGAAAUGGCUGUAGAAGGAUGUUUGUGGCCUGGAAAAUUCUUAGCCACCUUUGUGAUGAAUGUUCUGUGGAAGUUGGUUGCUGGUAAUGAAGAAAUUGAUGGACAUUCUAUCAUGUCUAAGGAGCUCUUUAGACUUCUCGAUGAACGAUCAAAAGCCUUUGAUUUCUCAGGAGGACUUCUCUCUGACUUUCCAUGGCUCAGAUUUAUUCUUCCCGAGUACUCUGGCUUCAAUCUCAUGUGUCGCUUCAAUGAGGAGAUUAAUUCCAUCCUUCAGAAGAUCAUAAACCACCAUAAGAAAACCUACACACCUGAGAAGGCUAAUGAUGAUUUUGUGUACACCUUUAUUCACGAAAUGAAGAAACAGGAAGGGAAUCCUAAAUCAACUUUUACGGAAAUUCAGUUAAUGAUCACUAUGGUGGAUUUUUUCUUUGGUGGUUCACAUACCACUAAUAUUACCUUCGAUUUAGCGCUCAUGACUUUAGCCUUAAACGAGGAUAUCCAGGAAAAACUCCAUACAGAGAUAGAAAGAGUUUCUAGUUUAAAUUCCAAUUUCUUGAACAUCUCAGAACACAGAGACAUGCCUUUGCUGGAGGCUUAUUUAAUGGAGAUUGGAAGGUUCUACAGUAUUGCCCCAAUUAGCGGACCAAGAAGGGUUCUUUAUGAUACAGAAUUGUGUGGCUUUAGAAUUCCAAAAGGUACAACAGCUCUCAUUGGACUCGAAGCAGUUCACAUGGACAAGACUUUCUGGGAAGAUCCUGAUGUUUUUAGACCAUCGCGCUUUCUCAACAGCUCAAGAUCGGAAAUUAUCAACUCAGAUCGAGUUUUGCAGUUUGGACAAGGAAGAAGGUCAUGCUUGGGUAUUGUUUUGGCUAAAACAUUCCUUCACACUUUCCUGGCAGGGAUCGUUAAAGACUACAAGAUUACCGUGGCUCCUGGACAGGAUCCUCCAAAGCAGAAACUGAUACCAGGAAUUUUUAAAACCGUUCCACCUUAUAAAAUUUGCAUGAUAAAGAGGUUUUAACUGUUAACCUUUCUUGACAAUAACUAUUAUGUUGUCACGAAUAAUUCUAAAAUAAAUCUAUGAAAGAAA